CUUCAUUGUAGUUGGUAUUUAAAUGUAGCAUUCUUUGCAACCCGCGUAACCUGAUCCGACGUUAUUAACUUUUGUAGCGUUUCGUCACGAGUCUUCAGUUUCAUCAAUGAAGAGAACGCGGGCUGUUUCAAAGGCAAAAUCAGCCAAAGAUGGGAUCAAGGAUGAAACAGAAACAGAGUCAAAGGACAAUGAACAUCAUUUAAUGGUACAAACUAAGAAUUUACAAAACCAGAAAUUAAACAACACAUCAGAAAUGUUAAAACCUCAAAGUGAACUUAUUGAUACUAUGAAGUCUUCUAGUAAACCCUCUUUAGAAGAUGUUAAAAAUUCUAACCACAAAGAAAAAACUAAACUUAAUUUUAAAAGCCUGAGAGACAGAAAUAAAAAAAUCAGUAUAGAAUUAAAACCAAAUAUGCAUAAUACAAAAAAUAAACCUAGAGCUGUAGUAGAUCUUAAAAUGAUGGAAGAAGAGUUGAAACAGUUAGAAGAUCCACCUUUAACUAGUUGGGAAAAAGAGAUAUGUUCUAAUAGAUUGCCAUUAUCAUUCUUUGAUUCUCCUUGUGAAGAAUUAGCUCAAAAUCUAUUAGGGAAAGUACUAGUUCGUCAUCUUGAAAAUGGAACUAUUUUAAAGGGUAGAAUUGUUGAAACUGAAGGUUAUUUAGGUGUAAUUGAUAAGGCAUCACAUACAUAUCAAAAUAAAAUUACUCCUCGUAAUAUACCUAUGUAUAUGUCACCAGGUACCAUCUAUGUCUACAUGACAUAUGGCAUGUAUCAUUGUUUCAAUAUAUCUAGUCAAGAAUCAGGAGCAUAUAUACAAAUUAAAGCAGUGGAACCAAUACUUGGUCUUGAUUAUAUGGAAUUACUAAGAAAUAUGCAAUUAGAAAAAGACAAAAAAGAAAAAAGAAUUAUGGAAAAUGUUCAACACAUUAAACAACAUGAACUUUGUAACAGUCCGUCCAAAAUUUGUACAACUUUUGUUAUUGAUGAAGAUAGUUUCAACGAAAAAAAAAUUUACAAAUGUAAUGAUUUAUGGGUAGAAUAUGAUCCUUACAUAAAAUCCACUACAAUUGUAGCAGUAAAUCUUAAUAACGAUUUGGAAAAUAAUGAACAAAAAGUGUGGCGAUACUAUGUGUUAGGAAGUUCUAGCGUUACUCAAAGAAAUAUUGAAUCUGAAGAACAUGCCUAUGAUAUCUAAUAAUUUGUAACUUCCAUGUGUUACAUUCUUCCACACAGCAAUAUUCUGGUAAGAUUUUAGGUGAGGGGUGUGCUGUUUUGAUAAGAGCUCUUGAACCCUUAGAAGGUAUUGAAUGCAUGGCCAAUCAACGAACUUCAAAGGGAAAAUCAGGUGUACCAAAAAAACCUUUGAAAGAUUUAAAAACACAUGAAUUGUGUAA